UCUCUCAACACUGAGUUAAUUUCUUCUUUUUUAAACAAAAUUUUUGAAGAAUCAGAGCUUCGUUUUCCUGUUUGAUUUUUAGCUUUUUUGCUUUGGCUGGGGCCCGGAGUCUGCCAUAGCCAGCAAAACCCAACAGGGAGGCACUGCUUAUUAUUAAAUCUUAACCAAGCAGCAAACACCCAUUACUCUCUACUCGUCAAUUUCCCCUCCCCCCCAUUCCGCCCUUUUCGCCAUCCCUGAUAUUUUUCCUUGUUACUCUAAAGCUUCUGUUCUUUACUUUUUCUUCUUCUUGUUCUCUCAUGGCGGAUGUUUUAGACGAUGGGGAGUUUUGGCUUCCCCCUGAGUUUUUAACCGACGAUGACUUGUUCUUGGACAACAGUAAAGCUAAGAACAAUCACAAGAAUCCCAAGGAUGGGUUUGGAUUAGAGCUUGACGGUUCCAAGUCUUUGUUCCCGUACGAGUUUCGUCACGGGUUUGGGUCUUUUGGGUUCUCUUCGGAUCUGAGUUCCCCGAUUGAGUCCGUCGUGGGUUCUACCGAAACAGAGAGUGACGAAGAAGAUUACCUCGCAGGGUUAACUCGCCAAAUGGCUCACUCCACUCUCGAAGACGGUUUUCGCCGAAACGACCGCGUGUUUGGCUCUGAAAACUCCAAGGGUUGGAUCUUGUCCCGUUCGCCGCAGUCGACGCUCUGUGCGGUAGGGAGCGGUUGCGGUUGCAAGCAAGGGUCCAGCCGUGGAAGCCCGAACUCUCAAUCUCGAGUUUCGUCGCCUCCGGGAACAUGGGAUCUGCUGUAUGCGGCUGCAGGGGAAGUAGCAAGGAUGCGAAUGAAUGAAGAAUCAUAUGGUGGAUUCAACAACAGAAGUCUAUUGGGUCCACCAGCCAGGAAACCUUCUCCAAACCUCGAUGUUCCAGGCUAUUACCCUCCUCACCAGUCACUUUCUCACCAGAAGUUGCAGGCCACUCAAUUUCAGCAACUGAAGCAACAGCAGCUAAUGAAACAACAGAACGCUUCGGUUUGGGGAGGACAGAAGCAGCAGCAUCAGCACCACCACCAUGUGGUCCAAAACAGAGGGAGGAAUGGUAAUAGUAAUAGGCCCUUGGGUUUGUCCCCAUCUGCCUGGCCCCCUCUGCAGCAGCAGCAGCAACCCCAGACGCAAAACGGGUCGGGUAUGAGGGCUGUUUUCUUGGGUAACCCAACUGCCAAAAGGGAAUGUGCUGGAACUGGCGUUUUCUUGCCUCGCCGUAUAGGCACCCCUGCUGAAACCUGCAAGAAGCCAGCAUGCUCUACUGUGUUGCUUCCAGCUAGAGUGGUUCAAGCCUUGAACUUGAAUCUCGAUGAGAUUGGUGCUCAACCCCAGCUUCAUCCUCGGUUCAACGCAAGUUUCACUGCUGAUAGUGACGCUGCUUUGAGGCUUCGAAGUGGUGGGAAUGUCUUUUCAAAUCAAAAGCAACGCAGUUUCAGGCCACAGCAAGGGAUGAGCCAAGAAGUCCGGUUACCGCAGGAGUGGACAUAUUGACUCAGCUUUGCUUCUGCUGGUCAACUAAUUCUGCUGGUUCUUUUUUUCUUUUUUUUUGGCAUUUUUGUUUAGGAAAUGGGAAGGAUUUUAACGUUAGAAGAAAGGAAGAGAAAUGGAAAUUAUUAGUUUGCUAUAGGGAAAUAGUAGGAGUAUAGAGGUAUAGGAUUAAGAAAGAAAAUUUGGUUGUCAUGAAGAUGAAAAAUGAAAUGGUUUUUUGGGUUAGGCUUAGGUGAAAAUAAAGCAUAUGCCUAGUUUCAGGAAAAAAAGUAAUGGUGCAGUACAGCAGCAGCAAGCAGCUUUUGUUCAUUCAGUUGGGCUGGGGAAAACAGGAAAAGUUUGGGGAACCAAUAUACAAAUGGGUUACUCUUUUUGUAAUCUGGGUUUCAGUCAAUAAGUCUUAAUUUUGUUGAAAUUGAAAUGUUAAUGAAAGGAAUGGGGCAUAAUAUCCCCCUCCGGGGUAGCUCCCCAUCUUUUGCAGAA